UUGUUUUGUUAUUUAUUUUAUAACUAUAGUUUUACGUCAUAUAAGCAUUGUAAUGCAAUUUAUUGAUUUUAUCUGAAUAUCUCUAAAGUUGGACACUUAUUUUUGUAACAGGAAUUUUUAUACUUUUAUUUUGAAGACACCGUCAUUUGACUUUCGUUUUUUCCGCAGGUUUGUGAUGCUAAAGUUAGCUGUUUCAUGCUAAGCAUGGAAACGUGGUUCAGUUAAAACAUAACCGGCUCAUUUAAACUUUCUGAAACCGACAGACAUGUAGCGUCAAAUUUCGACAACAGACACAGUCACUUGGUUUAUAUUUUUAAGCUAAAACUUGUCUCGAAAACCACCGGGCUUCACACCACUGUAGCUAGUUAGCUAGUUAAACCAGAUCGCUAGCUAGCGGUUACAAACAAUAACUUUACGGUUCAAGCGACGUCACUCAAAACAACCACCACCACAGGACGAGUCAUCUUCUGUCUACCACACACCACUAGCUAAAUUUCAAGACUAGUAAGUCAGUUGGUAUUUUAACAGGUUUCCCUACACACAAACGGAGCUUUGGUUGUGAGAGAAAGAACGAGGAGAGUAACGUUAACGUUCCCAGACAGAAAAUGCCAUCGAGAAAUCAUCUUGACAAAAUUGGGAGAAAGAAGAAGAAGAAAUGGACAGAGGAGGCCAUGGAACGUGCUCUGGUCGAGGUGAAGUCGGGAAGGUGUACAGUGAGACGGGCUGCCAAAGAGUUUGGAGUCCCUAAGUCUUCACUUGGGGACAGGGUUAGUGGACGGGUGACACCAGGGAGUCGCAGCGGGCCAGCUCAGCUUAUAACAUCUGCAGACGAGGAGCUGUUGGUGGAGUUCUCUUUAUACAUGUCGAAGCAUGGAUUCCCACUGACCAAACAACAGCUGGUGUCCUUUGCCUCGUCCAUUUAUAAACGGCAACAUCGGAGGGUGGCAUUUUCUAAACUAGGCCAGACCUGGUGGCUCAAUUUUAGAAAAAGGCAAGAAAAGAAUAUAACCAUUCAGCCAGCAGACAAUGUUGUCCGUGGGAGGACGGUUAGUGUGAGGAAGGAAGCAGUGGAUCAUUUUUUUCAUUUACUCAGCGCUGUCGUGGAAGCUCAUGGGCUCCAAGACAAGCCUCUUCAAAUCCUUAACUGCAACGAGGUGGGCUUUCAUCUGGGCAGGAAGAGGGUUAUUCUCCCCAAAUCUGCCAGUCUGGGUUGCAAGCCAACGCCAGGCUUGAGGGACCACAUCUCCAUCCUGGCUUGCUUUAGCGCAACUGGAGAGGACAUUCCCCCAUUUAUUAUCUACUCAAAGGCCUACCCAGGGGGAGUAUGUUACAAGACUCAAGGGCCUCCCAAUGCCCUCUAUGGAUGGUCAGACUCUGGCUGUGUCAACUCUGACCUUUUCAAGAAAUGGUUCCUCAAACACUUCCUCCUACACACACCCAAGGAGCGUCCUCUGCUGCUGAUUUUUGACGGCCACAAGUCUCCCAUACACCUUGAGGUGGUGGAAGCAGCUCGUAAGGAGGAUGUGAUCCUUCUGUGCCUUCCACCUCAUUGCGCUCACAUCCUGCAGCCACUCGACGCGGGUCUCUUUGUACUCCUAAAGCAGCAUUUUGCAGCACUCUUAGGUGAUGGUUUUGCCACUGAUACUCACUAUGCAGUCAGCAAGAAGGAGUUCUCAGGGGUGUUUAAAGAGACGUAUCAGUUGGUGAAGGAGGAGGAGGGUGUCAGGAUUGUGAAGGAAGGCUUUAGGAAAUGUGGCAUCUACCCGCUAAACCACUUUGCCAUCAACGAUGGUCAUUUAAUGCCAUUACACAGCAUGGGCCCUGCAGCUGGUCCCUCCUUGUCCACAUCAGCACAGGGGGUGCACACUGUAGGAGACGUCAUGGCUGCUGGACCCUCCUCCUAACUCAUAACUGCUCAAGACUAUCAGUCAGCCAUCAUUACCUUUACAUAAAACUUGGCUAGUUCUGUCAGUUGAAAUACACCCCAGCUUGAGUAUUGUUCCCCGCCUCCUCCAGCCUCCUUGCAGAGUACUGCGUUUGUCAGCUCGUCAGAAGAAAGGGUUGUUGAUAUCAAUUACAUGUCAAGAUUGUGGCCAAAGGCUUUAUAAUGGACUAAAGAAAAAAAUACUUGUUUUCAUAUACAUCAUUUUUAUUUUAAAGUUUUAUUUUCUCUAAGACGUCUCUAAUUAUUGAUUUUUUUUUGUAAAAAUAUUGGACACUUUAAGGGCCCUUAAAAUCCUUCAAAUGAUAAAACAAGCAGAGACAGGUUUGGUUGAACUGCUCCCAAAUCCUGUCCACCUUAUGGCCAUAACCUGUGACAGAGGGUUGAAAAUAGAUGUUUCUUCAUCUCAGGGGAUCACAAGCCAAAAACACUGAGAACUACUACUGUACAACAAAUGAACUCAAUCUCUGUCAUUUUGUUUUGUGAUUGAUGGCCAGCUAGCUAAGCAAACUGACACUAAGCAGUAUGAACAGAGACAGAGUUAUGCUUGAUUUCUAUUUUAGUGGCGUAAGCUGGAGGCUAAUCUGUGAGCUAGCUUGUUAAUUGUUCUGGACUGAUCAAACAAGCGGUUUAAUAAUUCAAUGUGUAUUCAGCUAACAUAUUCAAGCAUGAGA